UCGGGCUCGGGAUGAUCGCGCCCCUAGAAGACCGAGCAGACGUAGGGCUGAGCAGCGCUAGUCCUCCAUGAUCUCACGUCUCACUCGACGCCACGCCGUCACUGCUGCUCGCUGAUAUUAAGAAUAAUGCUCGGUUUGAAGUUCGACGUGUCUGUCUGGAUCAUUUCACCAACAAAUAUUUUGGCAGGCGAUUCAUUGGAGCCUUUCACCAGCCAUCCACGGUUGCACAUCCGAUAGCCCCACGCGACAGCCCCACCGCAACCACCCCUCCUUUAACAAUCGCAGUCGCGCCGCAUACAAUAACGUGAAGUCACCACCACUUUGACGCGCCCCUUCCUCACGAUAUCAUGGCUACGGCAAUCGCGAACGUGCCCGAGGGCGUCACAUCCCUUUUGGACACAGAUCUCUACAAAUUGACGAUGCAAUGUUGCGUACUCAAGUUCUUCCCAGAUGUAUCAGUCACAUACAGCUUCACAAAUCGGACGCCGGACAAGAAGUUGAAUCGCGCAGCUUUUAAAUGGCUACAGGCGCAAGUAGAGAAGCUCGAACACAUUCGCGUGACAGCAGCCGAACUCGACUUCCUCAAGAAGAACUGCCCCUACCUGAGCAGCCAGUACCUCCUCUUCCUUUCCAAUUUCCACCUCAAGCCUGCGACGCAGCUCAAGCUGUCCUUCACUGCGAUCGACACUGGCUCGGAUGAGGACCUCGGUGACUUCCGCAUCGACACUGAGGGGCUAUGGUUGGACACAAUAUUGUACGAGAUUCCGCUCCUCGCGCUGGUCAGCGAGGCCUACUUCAAAUUCGUCGAGAAGGACUGGUCACAUGAGGGGCAAGUCGAGCAGGCGUACCAGAAGGGCUCAAAGCUCUUGGAGGGAGGCUGCAUAUUCUCAGAGUUCGGCACAAGGAGGCGGAGAGACUACCACACACAAGACCUUGUUCUGAAAGGAUUAUGCCGAGCGGCAGACGAGGGCAAGACAUCAGGGUGGACCGGCAAGCUGUCAGGGACAAGCAACGUGCACUUUGCGCACAAGCACGAACUUCUGCCCAUCGGCACGGUUGCGCACGAGUGGUUCAUGGGUGUCGCAGCCAUCACAAAUGACUACGAGCACGCCAAUGAGAUUGCGCUGGAGUACUGGACAGCGACUUUCGGCGAGGGCGUCUUGAGUGUUGCGCUGACCGACACCUUUGGAACACCGACCUUCCUUAAGGCGUUCAAGAAGCAGAUCCCCAACAUCACGACAGCUAUCAAGGGUGGUAGUGCCACACAACCAUCUGCAGCAGCUACGACGACACCUGGUACACAAUCGCUUGCAUCGACAGAACCACCAAUCCAUGCUGGCCUCGAAGGCGCGAAUCGACCACGGAAGACGUUUGCAGAGGUGUUCACUGGCGUGCGCCAGGAUUCUGGAGACCCGCUGGACUUUGUGAAGAUGAUGCGCGAGUUUUACGAUCAAGAGGGCAUCAAGGACAAGAAGACAAUCGUCUUCUCCGACUCGUUGAAUCUCGACCUGUGCUUCAAGUACAGAGCCGCCGCCGAGGAGGCCGGAUUCCAGCCCACCUUUGGCGUAGGGACAUUCUUGACAAAUGACUUUGUCGAAACAUCCACUGGCAACAAGUCUAUACCUCUGAACAUCGUGAUCAAGAUCGCCUCCGCUAAAGGCCGACACGCUGUUAAGAUCAGCGACAACAUCGGCAAAAACACUGGUGACAAAAGUACAGUCGAGGAAGUCAAGAGGAGGCUUGGGUACGCUGAAAAGGAGUGGGCUGGGGGUGACGAGAAGACACGAUGGGGAACCGCAAAGGAGCCAGCCACAUCAUAAGGUCGCCAUACAUUGGAGACAACAAUGAGAAGCGGCGACUCUGAGCAACUCAGAGGAUAUGGCGUCGACCCGAGCGAUGCGCCUUAUAUACCCGAAUCACAUAUUACAUUCAAGAGCCUCUGGUAUUUCCCAGCAUCUGGCGCCUCCGCGCACCUUUGAUCAAAACUCAGCUUU